AUGUGGCUUUCUCGUCAUUGCUUUUUAACUUAUCUCAAGUCUUAUCGUUAUCGAUCAAUGAGUACUCUAAAAUUUGUUGCGACUCAAGAUGCGCCUAGCGCGAUUGGCCCUUAUUCUCAAGCCAUAGUUGCAAAUGGAUUUGUGUUCGCAUCCGGUCAAAUCCCCCUCUCACCUAAAACAGACCAAAUCGUUAGCGAUGAUGUUAAAGAACAGACGCGACAAGUAAUCGAAAAUCUUUCAAAUGUAUUGAAAGAAGCUAAUUCUUCGCUUUCUCAAGUUGUCAAAACCACCGUGUUUAUUAAAAACAUGGAUGAUUUUGGUGCUAUUAACGAAUGCUUUGGGACUCAUAAACCGGCUCGUGCAACUGUAGAAGUUGCUAGAUUGCCAAAAGACGUCAAAGUUGAAAUUGAGGGUAUUGCAGUUGUAAACACAUCUAGAUAUAAAGGACUAUUAGGAGAAAAAGGGCAACCUCAGUCUGUUGAGAUUACAAUUGCAAAAUUAUGUGAUCGCGCAAACAAUUCUACAUUACUAGAAGAUAGACGUGCUGCAAUUUUGGGCUUAAAAGGACUUUCCCGAGAAUAUCGACUUGAAGUGGGCGAAAAGGGUCUCGGCGCUCUUUUACAUGUCCUAAACGAGGAUCGGGCAGAUAUAGACACGACAAAGGCGAUUCUCGAAGUUCUAAAUAUUUUGUGCACUCCAGAUGGGCAGCAGGAUCCUGCUGCUGAUCUGGGUGUUAAAUUCACUGAUGAAAUUGUACAUGAUUCUGCUAAUAUAAAUUUACUCUUGGAUAUUUUGCAAGAAUAUGAUUUUUAUGUUCGUUUUCACAAUAUUCAGUUAUUGGGAACUUUAUUGUCUAUUAGACCAGAUCGUGUGCAAGGUUGCAUAUUAACUGCACCAAUGGAAAGUUUGCUUUUACUUAUUGCCCUUACUGAAAAUAAUGCCGAUAUUCAAAAAAUUGUCGCAUUCGAGAACGCAUUUGAAAGGCUUUUAGAAAUAAUUGCUGAAGAAGAUGGCUUAAGUGGUGGAAUUAUUGUUCAAGAUUGUAUGCAAUUAAUACAUAACUUGCUAAGGUAUAAUGUUUCAAAUCAGAAUUUUUUUCGUGAAACAAGUUGUAUACAACGUAUACCGGCAUUAUUAGGCUACUCCCAAGAUUAUAAAAACAAAAAUUAUGAAGUUGAAUUUUUAGUUCAAGAAUGGCAGGAACAAAAAGUUACCAACACUAUUGUUCUAUUAGAAUUGAUUCGAAUAUUAGUAGUACCUAAUAAUAUUAAUACAUUAACUAAUCAGAAUGUUAUGGCUCAAUGUGGGGUAUUGAAAACGGUAGUUGAACUUGCCUUAUCUUCGAAUGCUCCUUCGUCAGUAAAAGCCCAUUCUCUAUACGCUUUGGCAGAUCUUAUACGUGGAAACAGUUCUAAUCAAGAAUUUUUGGCACGGACAGUUGUUUCAGUUCCCUAUUCACCCCAACGUCCGAAUUCCACACAGGAUUCAGCACCUGAUUCUCAUUCGAAAAGUAAUCGAACUUCACACGAGCAAAUUUCAACUCUUCCUCCACGUCCUACAGUCAUGGCAAUUAUUGCCGUUGCUGUUGGGGCUGAACAUAUAGAAAGUUAUACCACUCGAGCUGCAGCUACAUAUGCUUUUGAGUGUUACACAUAUAAUAAUCCUAAUGCACAAGUUGCAUUGGCAUCUACAUUGACUCCCCCCCCUGAUGAUAAUCCUAAUUCAAAUAUGAAUACAGCUAAACCUCAAUCAGCUGGUUCAUUAUUACUCUCAGCUCUUUUGGAAUGGGAAGAUUCAGAGGCGGAUCCAUAUGUAGUGUGGUUCUCAUCCAUUAUUUUUUCUCAUAUUCUUAUGAAUAAUGAAAAAUCUAAAGAAUUGGCUCGUGGAAUUAUGAUUGGAGAAGAUAAUGCAGAUGACCAUAUUCCUUUGUUGCACUCUAUUGUGGGGAAUUUAAUAUUGGCGACAAGACAAAAUGCGGACGUAAGGGUCCUGAUUGGAUACCUAUGCGUUCUCUGUAUUUGGUUGUGGGAUAGUCCACAAAGUGUCAAAGUGUUUCUAUCAAAAGAUGCCCAUUUGCAAAUUCUAAUUGGGCCUAUAACUCAAUCUUCCGGUGUAGAUUCAAGAGUACAAGGUUUAUGUGCAUUUUUGCUAGGUACUUGCUAUGAGUUUAACCAUUCAUUAGAUUCACCAAUUACGAGAACAACGCUUCAACCAAUCUUACUCAAUCGUAUUGGAGCUGAUCAAUUUGUGAAUCGUAUUACACGACUAAGGGAAUCACCUCAUUUUAAGCAUGUUCCUCAAUAUAUACAGGUUUCUCCAGAAGAAGAAGCUAGAGGGUUGCCAGAAUUAUAUUUUGAAUAUGCAUUUGUCGAAUUCUUCAAAAAUAAUUAUGAAAAAAUUCAAAGAUCUAUCAUAGUUGAUCCUAAAUUAACAUCUGGAGGAAGUGAUUUUCAAGGCGAUCAUGAUUCUUCAAUGAUUUCAUCUUUUAAAUCUGUUAUACAGACUCAAGAGCAAGAAAUUAUUGAGUUAAAAGAAACGAUAAGACAACUUGCAGAACAGUUGGAAAAUCAGCAAAUAUCUUCAUUACAAGAGGAAAUACAAUCGCUGAAACAAACUAUAGAAACCCAAAAAUCUGAACGCGCAAAAUUAGAAAAAGAACAGGAAGAUUUGUUUGUUUGUCUUGCAGAUCAAGAUGCAAAUAUCAAAAAGUAUAGAGAGAGAUUGGUUGAACUUGGAGCUGAAGUUUCGGAUAUUGAAGAGGACGAAGGGGAUGAUGACGACGACGAUGAAUAA